CCCGCGUAUCAAGAUAAGAUAAUGAUAAUCCACCCCCCAUUUCCAUUAUUCUAACCUAGUAUAAAUUGCUCCUCUCCUCUCAUCUCAAGCUCGAUCAACCGCAAACAAUUACAAUUUCAGCUACAAUCCCUUUUAGGUUACAAUUAUAAAAGCUAACUGAUCCUAAAUGGAAGGCCAAAACAUUGAAAUGCUUAACGCUGUUGAGGAUAAAUUUGGAGGUGUUGUCAUCAACGUCAAGGACCCUAUAGAUUCUAUGCUCUUCCCUUCUUUAUUGGAAGCUUCCAUGUCCAAUUGGAGGCACCACGGAAAGAAGGGAAUCUGGCUUAACUUGCCCAUCCAACAUUCCAAUCUUGUUCAUUCUGCGGUCCAGGCUGGAUUUAGGUACCACCAUGCUGAGCCUGAUUACUUGAUGCUCGUGUGCUGGAUCCCUGAUACCCCUGAUACACUUCCUGCUAAUGCUUCACAUCGUGUCGGUGUUGGCGCUUUUGUCACCAACAACAAAGGGGAGGUGCUUGUGGUUCGGGAAGCCAAUGGCAGAUUUAGAGGCACAGGUGUAUGGAAGAUGCCUACAGGAUCUGUUAAUGAGGGUGAGGAUAUUUGUGAUGCUGCAAUCAGAGAGGUCAAAGAAGAGACAGGGAUAGAGACUACAUUUGGUGAAGUUUUAGCAUUCAGGCAAAGUCAUAAGUCUUUCUACCAGAAAUCAGAUGUGUUCUUUGUUUGCAUGUUGCAACCUAAAUCCUUUGACAUUCAAAGCCAGGCUUCAGAAAUUGAGGCAGCUCAGUGGAUGCCAGUUGAAGAUUAUGCAGCCCAGGCUUUUGUGCAAGAAAAUGAGCUCUUUGACUUGAUUGCAAAAAUAUGCUUAUCGAAGUUGGAUAGCAACUACACUGGCUUUUCUAACGUUCUUACCACUACAUCUUCUGGCAAGAAAACAUAUCUGUACCUCAACAACCGUGAUGCUAGCCACUUGUUAGCCUCCAAACAUGAGCAAGCUUAACCUAACUUGCACUUGCAAGUUAAUUACUGUGCAUAAACUCUGUAAACCAGUCUCCAUUACUCUAAUUACUUCCAACCGAUCCUGAAACUUGUUUUAGUGUAUGAAUCUAGUGUGGCUUUACUGUUUCUUCAUUUUAUAAUGCCACCCCUUAUGUAGAGUCCAGUCGAUUUACUAGUUCUUUUCUUAGAUACACCAAUAGUGAAGUCUCAGUACUCAACCUUAUGGGUCUUGUUUCUUCUAUUCUUUCUAUUUUUUUAUUCAGAAUGUUACUCUUGUAAAAUAAGUUAUUGAAGGAUUUUUCAAUAACUCAUUAAAUUUAUAUUUUACCCAAGGUUGGCCAAA